UGAAGCUCCGCAGAGGCAGAAGUGUAGUGGUGAGUAGCAACAGAGAGGCGACCUGCUGCAGUUGUGUGAGGGCGCCGCUGGGUGAGUCCCUCUCUCUACUACCUCGAUCUCCACAGCUCCUUUUUCCCAAAGAAAAGAAGAGGAGAUCUAGGUCCAGGGAGGAGGAGGGCCGCCGCCAUUAUCGGAAAGCUGACAGAAAUCCCACUUUCACACACGCAGUCUGUCCACCAGAUUUCACCGGGACACCAGUGAACUGCGUUGCAGCAGGAACAUUGUUUUAAAGGAAACGCCGCUGCGAUUACAACAGACUCCGUGUUGUCUCGUGGCCGGUCCAGCGUUAAUAUGUGGACACAACAAUGGGCAGAAUAAUUAUUGAAAAAGCAACGUGGUGAACCCAGAGGAAGGCGACCUGAAGCAGACUUUUUUACACCCCUGAAUCUCGCUAGAGGAAGACAAGAAGCAUCUUUGCCGAAAUAAAACUGCAUCGCUCUUUUGUUUGGGACAUUUAUUUCCACCCCGGUGUUUGAUUGCAACAAUAAAACGGUGUUAAGGGAAACUAAGCUGAAGAAUCUAGACAUGGGUGAUGAAGAUUAAUUUCAGUCUGUCGCGCCGACCGCUGUGAUUUCUGUGAAUGGUUCCGACUCGGAGCGGUAAUUCUGCGGUUUUUGCUUUUUGCACAUCGGGCGGCGGAGAGGGCUGCGGCAAGAGCUGGCCUGGCAGAUGCGAGAGGAGAAAGGGAGAAACGCGAUGGAUUUGAUUCUUAUAAUGGAUGAAUGAAAGGACCUACUGCUACUGCACUGUUAUUUGUCAAUACAAUUCAGUUUAUUUAUAUAGCGCCAAAUCACGACGAGUCAUCUCAAGGCACUUCACGAAGUAAACAUUCCAAUACAGUUCAGUUCAUUAAGCCAACCAGUAAAAAGUUUCCUACAAAAGGAACCCAGCAAAUUGCAUCGAGUCACUGACAGGCAUCAGUUCCUUUACAGCAAUCCUCAUACUGAGCAAGCAUGAUAUAUAACUGAAGCCUGGCGGAAGCAAGAGCAAUCUGAUCUCUUCUGUGGUUCAGCGUUUUUAUGGACAAACAUAAGUGAACAAUUUCAUACAGAGCCAGUUUAUGGCAGGAUGAGAUUCAGAGGACUAUGAUGGCGAAAAAGCAAGAUGCACGAUCACCCAUAUACAACCUUGUUGUGGUGGGUUUGUCAGGAACAGAAAAAGAGAAGGGGCAAUGUGGGGUUGGAAAAUCCUGUUUGUGUAAUAGGUAUGUGCGACCAAGUGCUGAUGAUUUCUACCUGGAUCACACAUCGGUGUUAAGCACCAGUGACUUUGGGGGGCGAGUGGUUAACAAUGAUCACUUUCUGUUUUGGGGAGAGGUGUCUCGGGUCCUGGAGGAGGGGCCUGAAUGCAGGUUGCAUGUUGUGGAGCAAACUGAAUUUAUUGAUGACCAGACAUUUCAGCCACACCGUAGCACUGCUAUGCAGCCCUAUAUCAAACGAGCAGCUGGAACCAAGUUGGCCUCAGCAGAGAAGCUGAUGUACUUCUGCACAGAUCAACUGGGUCUGGAACAAGAUUUCGAGCAAAAGCAAAUGCCAGAGGGCAAGCUGCAGGUUGAUGGCUUCCUGCUUUGUGUUGACGUGAGCCGGGGCAUGAAUCGCAACUUUGAUGAUCAGCUGAAAUUUGUCUCAAACCUAUAUGGACAGCUUAGUAAAACCAAGAAGCCCAUUGUUUUGGUGCUCACCAAAUGUGAUGAAGGAGUUGAACGCUACAUCAAAGAUGCGCAUACCUUUGCCAUAACAAAGAAAAACCUACCAGUAGUUGAGACUUCUGCACGCUCAAAUAUAAAUGUGGAUCUUGCCUUCCUCACAUUGGUUCAGCUUAUCGAUAGGAGCAGGGGCAAGCCCAAAAUCAUUCCUUAUUUUGAAGCCCUAAAGCUCCAAAGUCAGCAAAUAGCCUCUGCCAAGGAUCGCUAUGAAUGGCUGAUCAACCGCAUUGUAAAGAAUCACAAUGAAACCUGGUUAAACGCCAGCCGAAGAAUGAACACCUCACCAGAGUACAAGGAAUAUGUCUUCUUGGAAGGAACUGCUAAAUGCAAAAAGCUUUUUCAACAGCAUGUUUAUCGUCUGAAACAGGAGCAUAUUGAGAGGCGUCGCAAAAUAUAUUUAAGCACUCUUCCAUUAGCACUCAGUUCUUUGGUGCCAGACCUUGAUGAGAUUGAUCAGUUGAGCUGGUCUGGAGUGCAGAAGGUGCUAGAGUCCAAGCAACACUUUACCCACUGGUUUGUUGUUUUGGAGGAUUCACCAUGGGAAGACACAUCCCACAUUGAUAACAUGGAAGAUGAACGGAUCCCCUCAGACCUUCUGGAGACUGGUGAAGCAGAAGACAUAUUUAAUGCUCACCUGGAACAUCUGCGUAAUGAGUGUAGGCGUGCAGAAAUACGACAGGAGUUUAAGCAAAAGUUAGCUUCCUCCCCCUUUGUCACACCUGGUAAACCUUGGGAGGAAGCCCGAAGCUUCAUCAUGAACGAAGAGUUCUACCAGUGGCUUGAGGAGCCUGAGUACUUGGACCUGUACAACCGGCAUCAGAAGGAGAUUAUUGAUCGUGCUAAAGAAGACUUUCAGGAGCUUUUGCUUGAGUACUCGGAGCUUUUUUAUGAACUUGAAGUGGAUGCCAAGCCAAGCAAAGAGAAAAUGGGAGCAAUUCAAGAAGUUCUGGGGGAGGAACCAAGGUUUAAAACCUUACAAAAGCUUCCUGCAGAAAGAGAUGCUCUUGUGUUGAAGCAUAUCCACUUUGUUUAUCACCCCACAAAAGAGACCUGUCCUAGUAGUCCUCACUGUGGAGACUCUAAAAUUGAACAAAUCCUUGCUUCACGUUUUCCCAUGUGUUACCCCUUCUUUGAUGUGAAAGCUCAUUUUGGGGACACUAAAGCUGACAGAAUUAACCUUGUCAUACUAGGGAAGGAUGGACUUGCCAGAGAAUUUGCCAAUGAGAUUAGAACUCUCUGCACAAACGAUGACUGGUAUGUGUUAGAUGGGAAGAUGUAUGAGUUGACACUGCGGCCCAUUGAGGGAAAUGUACGUCUUCCAGUAAAUUCCUUCCACACCCCCACCUUCACCCCCCAUGGAUGUCUAUGUCUGUAUAAUUCAAAAGAGUCCCUUACCUAUGUGGUGGAAAGCCUUGAGCGACUUAGAGAAUCGACCCUUGGUCGAAGGGAUAGCCAGCUGGCACAGCUGCCUACAUUUCUUCUUUUAGUCACUAAAAGAGGUGUAGGGUCAUAUGUUGACAUAGGUGGAGACACUGCCUUAAACCUAAUAACACAGGGACAGCAGGUUGCAAGGAGACUACAGUGUAGCUUUUUAGACCCUGCCUCUCCUGGUGUUGGCUAUGGUCAUAAUGUAAAUGAGACUCAAAUUAACCAGGUGCUGAGGGGUCUGCUUGAUGUUAGGAGGAGCACAUCUUUUAGUAGCAGCUCUCCACCCCUCUUCUCUGAGCCUCCAGGUCUCAGAGACUCUCCCCAUCAGCCAGUCCAGGAGGCAGACCUUCGCAUUGUCAUGUGCUUAAUGUGUGGAGAUUCCUAUGACAUUGAGCAGCUCCUGUCUCCAUUCCUCAUGCAUCAGUACUGCAGGCCUAUGUCUAAUAGUGGUACCUCUGUGCUGUUGGAGCAGACAGUUGGUGGACACAAGCUGGCUAUAGAGCUCUCUCUACUCUCAUAUCAUGCCUCAUUCACUUUGCGAAAGAGCAGGUUAGUUCAUGGCUACAUUGCUGUUUAUUCAGUCACCCGAAAAGCCUCUCUGGAGACUCUGUGCGCAUUCUUGUGUGAGGUUCAGGACAUCAUCCCCAUUCAGCUGUUGGCAGUAAGAGAUAGCCAGGUUGAGCUCAUUGACAGUGAAUUUGCCUGUGAACAACAGAUUCAAGGAGAGGAGCUAGCUCAUGAGAUUGAGGGCCGUUUCAAUAGUGUGGUUUGUGGAUCUGGAGGAGUGGUGGGGGGUCUGCAUAGGAUAGAAAUGUUCCAUUCAUUUCUGAUGGAGGUGGUAGAGAAACGCAACAUUGUGGAGGCCACACACAUGUACGAUAAUGUUGCAGAAGCAUGCACCAAUGAAAAUGUGUAUUCCCCACGGUGCAUAUCUCCCAGUCCCGUCACCAUGUUUGUGGAUUCAGAAGAUGAUGUAGAGCCAUCUCCACCAUACUAUGAUGGAACACUCUCUUCACACAGUGGGAGUUUCAAUGUGCCUGAUCUGGAUUCCAGUGAUAUCUCUGUCAUAUCUGAUAUCAGGGACUUUGAGAACAAGCUCAAUAACAAAAUAUCCCCCCAAGUGAGAGGUAAGCCAGGUUUUGACUUCCGGAAGGUGAGUCGUAACCCAUACAUCGAUACACUAGGUCAUCGUCGUUCCCUGCCCUCUGCUGUUACUUGGGUUCCUGGUGGGGAUGUGAGUUAUGACCCCUCAGACUAUGCUGAACCCAUUGAUGCAGUUUCGAAGCCUCGCCCUAGCAAUGAAGAGAUCAUUUACUCAGUUCCACAUGACAGCACACAAGGCAAAAUCAUCACUAUACGUAACUCCAACAGGAUGCAUUCAAAUGGAAAUGGUUCAGACAGUGAAGCAGACAGUAGCUCUCUGGAGCGAAGAAGGAAAUUCUCAGCAGUCGGGGUAAAGCCUCGUCUGUAUCGCGAUCGCUCCAAGCGGCUUGGCAAGUUCAGUACUUUCCGCACAAGCUUCAUCGGCAGUGAUGAUGAAAUGGGAGCCCUUUCAAAGUCUAAAGAAGAUGACUUUGGGACUUUGAAAGGUGACAGUCUUGGUAACGAGGAGAGUGAGGACCCAAAGAAGAGGAACAUUCUCAAGAGUCUCAGACGAACAGCCAAGAAAACAAGAACAAAACCCCGCCCAAGUAUUCCUAAACCCAUGGAGAGCAGUUACUUUGGAGUUCCCCUGGUGAGUGUGGUUUCCCCAGACAGACCGAUUCCACUCUUCAUUGAGAAGUGUGUACGCUUCAUUGAAACCACAGGCCUGAACACUGAAGGUUUGUACCGUGUGAGUGGCAACAAGUCAGAGAUGGAAAGCAUGCAAAAGCAGUUCGAACAGGACCACGGAUUAGACCUGGUGGAGAAAGACUUUUCUAUAAACACUGUGGCAGGAGCUCUCAAAAGCUUCUUCUCAGAACUGCCUGAGCCUCUGGUGCCUUGUGCUCUGCAGGUGGACCUAUUGGACGCGUUCAAGAUCAACGACAGAGAACAGAGGCUUUAUACCAUGAAGGAUGUCCUAAGGAAGUUCCCCAAGGAGAAUUAUGAUGCCUUUAAAUACGUAGUGAGCCACUUACACAAGGUGAGCCAGUUUAACAGGGUGAACCUAAUGACCAGUGAAAACUUGUCCAUCUGUUUCUGGCCCACCCUCAUGAGGCCAGACUUCUCCACGAUGGACGCCCUGACUGCCACACGCACCUACCAGACAAUCAUCGAGAGCUUCAUCCACCAGUGUGCAUUUUUCUUCUACAACCAGCCUCUGCUUGACUCCCCCACGGGCCUCGGGGGCCUCCCUGCCUCACCCACCACCACCCUCAGCGGGAGCUCUGCCUACUCUUGUUACCGCUCCUCCCCCCCCCACACUGCCGCUCACUUUAGCCCUCUGCAGCAGUCCCCUCCCACCACCCCACAGUCACCCCUGAAGUCCCUGCUUCCUCCCCUCCACCAGCACCCCCACUCCCACCAUUCUCCUGCUGAACAAGAGACACUGUGAGAGACAUUGAAUCCAUGUGUGCCCAUGUUGAUGCCGGACCUUAUCACUAAGACAUGCACGCACACACACACACACACACACACACACACACACACGCACACACACACGCACACACACAAUAGGAAGAAUCAAACAAACAAAAGCACGUUCACCCUUCAGUUUCGAUCGUGGACAACCUAGGUUAUCGAGAUGUUAGGUGGGACGCGUGAGAGGUGAGAAGAUACAGGAACUGCUGUUUGUGGUCAUAGCUAUGUGAAACGUGGCAGGCUUUGAUGAUCAGCAGACACUUGUGCCCUCUAAGCAUCAGAUGUCUGGUCACUGUCGGAGCGCACCUCUCGUCAUUCAACAACCACCACUUAUCCUACACUACUAAGAAAUGGACACCUCCAACUCAAGCUGAAAGAGAUGAUUUGUGGCCACCAUGUUUUUAAAAUGACUUUUGUUUUCAUGUUUUUUUUUUAAAGUACUGCCACUGGAUUAAUGGACCGGUCCUCUGGAGGUCCUUUGGGAAGCGAUUUGCUCCACGGUCGCAGAGGUUCCUCUGUGUUUUCUCUCAUUAGCUCUACCUGAGGGCUCUGCAUUGAGAGAGAAGGGAAAGUAGUGGGGGGGUGGGGGGUCGGUUUUAACAUCCAGGGAUGCACUUUAAUUACCACUGUUUUUUUUUCCUUUUAUACAUACGGUUUUCUUGUUUGUGUUUAAAUUUCACAACCAUACCCAUCGCCUCAGAGCUUCUGGCAGAUCAGAAUUUGUUUACAUCAAAACUCAUUUUUGUGUCCGCAAACUUAUCCGAAGCACUUUUUUUGAUUAAAAAUGAAGAAAUGCCACAUUGGUUAAUUGUCCAUAUUGUAAGUUUAGUGGUUGAAUGUGGCAUGAGUGCAGGCUUGUACAACAAGAUAAUUUUUGUUUUGAAAUGGAGAAAACAUCUUUUAUUUGGAUCAAGUUUUCUCCUUUCAGGUCGAUGAAUCUGAACCGUGUUCCGCGUUGAUUCAGCAGUGUGAGAAAUAGUUUUUCAUCCUCUUUUCUAGCCAUUUGUUGAUCAGACUGGACAUUCAGGAACUCUGGUUUAACUUUGUCUGCUGUCAGUGAAGGAGAAACUGCUAGAGUCAUACGUUACACAUUUGCAUUACUAUUAUCUGGUGUCCAAGGAAACCAAAUGCUUGAAACAUGAUGGGUUGCUGGAUGUGUUGUGCUGUCUAUCAAAUCAAGCUCUUUGUAUUCAUGUAAUAUUAAGAACCUUAAACUCAGAAGGUUUAGUAAUCUCAGCGCUGUUACUGCUACGUCCUGCUAAACCACAAACUGAGCACGAGAAACAUUUGUGACUGGGACACUAGGAAGCAUCACUGGCUGUCUACCUGCUCUAGUUGAUUAGUUUUAUGCUGGCAUAUUGCUUUUCAUUCCUCUUGACAACAAAAGCAGCACAUUUUUUUGUGGCAGCUCUGCUAAAAUGAAGGCCCUGUUACUAUCUGUUAAAAAAAGAGGAAGCAUCCUGCUGUUUUUCAACUGUAAAAUAAAAAAAGACAACCACGCUGGAGGAUGGUGGUUGUGUCAUGGUUCCCAUUUACAACCACGACCAGAUUUGUCAAGUUAUUAGUUGUGUUAACAUUUGGGAUCAUCAGCUACUGGCAUGGACGUAGUUUUGACUUUGGGAGUGAGUGGGGGAGGGAUCUUUACAGUAAGUUCUGACGGGUUUCAACACAAGUGGUUGUUUUCCGCUUGAUCUUAGUGCUCAACCAGUGUCCAUUUAAUAUAGCGUAAUAUUGAUUUUGGAUGGUAAACGUGCAAAGGACAAAAAUGGACUUAGGAAAAAGUGGGGGGGACAUGCCCCCCCCCCCCAAAAAAAAAUAAA